GAAGGACGGGGUACCAUGUACCAGGGCCCCGCGCGCUGCCUGUGCCCGCUGCUGCGCCGCGCCGCCACCGCCAGCACCGCGCCGCCACCGCCCCGCGCAGGUGGCACCGGGGAGGGGGGCAGCGGGGCGGGCACCGCGACCUUGCGGGGGGCCCGGCGGGCGCCUCACGGCUUCUCCUCCUCCUUAGGGUGCCCCAUGGGGGGCGGCGGCAGCCGGCUGUACGGCGCGCUGGCACAGACGCUGAGCAGCACCAGCGCGCCCCGGGAGCGCCGCGGGCAGCCCGAGGCGGAGCCGGAGCCCCUGGAGGCGCGGGAGCUGCUGGCCCAGUGCCGCCUGGUGCUGCGCCGCCGCCCGCCGCGCUGCCGCCGCCGCUUCGUGGACCUGCGGCAGGGAGCGGCCGGCGGCCCCCGCCCCAUCCGCGUGAUGCAGUGGAACAUCCUCGCACAAGCCCUCGGGGAAGGCAAGGACAACUUCGUGCAGUGCCCCAUGGAGGCCCUGAAGUGGGAGGAGAGGAAGUGCCUCAUCCUGGAGGAGAUCCUGGCCUACCAGCCCGACAUCCUCUGCCUGCAGGAGGUCGACCACUACUUCGACACCUUCCAGCCGCUGCUCAGCCGCCUGGGCUACCAGGGCACCUUCUUCCCCAAGCCGUGGUCGCCGUGCCUGGACGUGGAGCGGAACAACGGGCCCGACGGCUGCGCCCUCUUCUUCCUCAAGGACCGCUUCGAGCUGAUCAACAGCGCCAACAUCCGCCUCACCGCCAUGAAGCUGAAGACCAACCAGGUGGCCAUCGCCCAGACGCUGAAGUGCCACGAGACCGGCCGGCUCUUCUGCAUCGCCGUCACACACCUGAAGGCCCGCACGGGCUGGGAGAGGUUCCGCUCGGCGCAGGGCUGUGACCUGCUCCAGAACCUGAAGAGCAUCACCCAGGGGGCAAAGAUCCCGCUGAUCGUCUGCGGGGACUUCAACGCGGAGCCGACCGAGGAGGUCUACAGGGAGUUUUCCAACUCCAGCCUCAACUUGAACAGCGCGUACAAGCUGCUGAGCCCCGACGGGCAGUCGGAGCCACCGUACACCACCUGGAAGAUCCGGCCCUCGGGAGAGUGCCGGCACACGCUGGAUUAUAUCUGGUAUUCCCAGCACGCCUUGAACGUGAACUCAGCCCUGGGCUUGCUGACUGAAGAGCAAAUUGGGCCCAACAGGCUGCCCUCGUUCAAUUACCCUUCAGAUCACAUGUCCCUGGUGUGUGACUUUAGUUUUAACCAAGACCCCGACAGACUCCUAUAACUUGUUGGAAUGCCACCCGGUAUUGCAGUGUCUUAAUUCACUACUGUUUUAUUUUACUGAGACCUUUGGAAGCUGUUAAAGAUGAGGAAGUACUGUUGACUAAGCAUUCUCUCAGGCACUUGUUUGGAGUUACGCUUGCCCUUCAGAGCUUAUUCAUCUGUAGCCUCUGAGGGAGGAAGAGAGGAGUCUGUGUUCUCGACUGGUGGUGGUGGUGGUCUUGCUGUAUUAGGGUGUGAAAACUGGAAGGGAAACGAGUUUUAUCCUUUCACUAACCCCUGUGUCUAAGGAUGUAAUCCUCUAAUGAAUGCGGAGGCCUGAGUAUUUAAAUUAAAGCACUUGUGUUUGUAAAACAACUUGCCCUGGCAGCAUGCUAAUUUUGUUUAUGUUAGGCUUGUGCCAGUACCAAAGGGAACAAGGCUCGACUUCUCAGUCAGAUUCUCCGACCUCUCUCUGUUGCAGUACAAAGGAAGGUUAAUGCAGUUCAGACAUGAACAAAUCUGAGAGCCUAUUAGUGUAGUCUGCUAAUUUUUACAUGACUUAAGAUAAAGAUUGUAUUCAAAGUGAAUAGACAGCACAGUGUAAGGGAGGCCCCCUCGGGCAGGAGCAAGUGAGGAGGCAGAGGCUCACUGCUGGGUGUCACACAGUGAUAGCCUCGCCUGCCCAAACGAGCACGCGUGUGUCCCUGACACACACAGGGCCUGUAGCUAAACACAGUAACUGGCACCUUUGUCCCUUCGGUACUUCCCUCCAGAGGGCAUGCCUAACCACAGAGUAUUUUCUCAUCUGCUUCAAGCAUUACUUUUCUAAAUGGUUUAAAGUUGUCUCGUUAACUUUGCAGUUUCAGUAAAGGGCCAAUCUCUGUGUUGAAAGACUUCUUUUAUUUAUCUUCAGAAUCUAAGGCUACACUGGAACCUUAUUAGAAGAUAAAACCUAUUUAUUGAGGGAAUUUGGUGAUCCUGUACCUGACCUGAAAUCAUACAGCGGCAGCCUUCAGGAGCACGCACAGAUCCUUUCUCUGGCCCAGUGCCCAGGCCGUGACAGAGGUGGGGUUGUGUGGUAACUCUUGUGCGUGGCGUGGUGCUCAGUGGUAUGAUGUGGGUAUUGCGUAGAUGGAUUGCAAAUAUGCCUCUGUGCCAGAAAAGGGCAGAAAAGGUAGAAGAGAGACCAAUAGCUGGAGUUGGGCUGACGCUUAGAUAGCUUGGAGAGACAAGGCAGAGCAAAUAAAGCGGUACUUCCAUGUAAAGUAAAGACUUAAAUGUUCUGGGUGUUUGUUAAUAAAAUUCCAUGGAAAAAAA